AUGAUAAGACCAAAGUUCAAAUAUAUUGUAUGGAUCGUCACCAUUUUCUUCACCUGCCCUAUGCAUAAUUUGUUGACAAAAUUAUCUUCUAAUAAAAAUAUGAGCCUUCUUUUAUUGCUCGGUUUCUUUAUUUCUUCAACACUUGCUUAUCGGGUCGUUCCGCACUAUACCGUAAGUCUUAAUGAUCCUCCAUCAACCAGAUGGGCCCACGUCCAAGCUCCAUACGCUUCUGUAAUCAAGCCAUUUGCUGAGAGCUACACCAAGCAGUAUAUCUCACCUCUCAAGCUUAAGCUCUUGGUGGAGCUAUUAGAGGUUGGCUGGAUUUCUCCAGAACUCAAGGAGGAGCUUCAAGGAUUGGCCCAGACCUGCAACAUCACUUAUCAUGAAGCAGUCUUUAUAAACUACAUGUAUGAGUACCAUGCAUAUUGCACCUCAAUUGUGGCUAGACUCCAAAACGGCACAAUUAUCCAUGGAAGGAACUUAGACUAUCACUUUAUCGACUUCUUCGACAACACCACAGCAAUUGUUGACUUUGUCAAGGACGGCCAGCUCAUUUUUUCAGAAACCGCUUUCAUUUGGUACUUUGGUGUAACUACUGGGAUCAGCUCGAAAGGCUAUUCAAUUACCUUAAAUGAAAGAAAUUCCGGCUCUGCCUUUGACAACUAUGUAUCCUUGAUGCGCGGCUUUAAAGGUGACUUAUGGACUAUCAGACAAGCAUUAAUCGACUCAAACACUUAUCAAGAAGCCUAUCAGUACUUGCAUGAUGCAAAAGUUGCAGCUCCAGUCUACUUCAUUCUUGGCGGGUCAGGACCUAACGAUGGAUCUGUGAUUGUAAGAGAUAGAACUCAUACAAAUUAUACUGAAGCCUUGAAUUCAACCACCUGGUUCUUGGUUCAGACUAAUUAUGAUCCUUGGCUUCCUGACCCAACCGACGACCCAAGAAGGACCGUUGCUACUCAGUUGAUGGAAGAAAUUGGACAAGCUGAUAUGAACAUUGAUAGAUUGUUCGAUGUCUUGUCCACUGCCCCUGUCCUUAAUGAUGCGACAGUAUUUACGACAGUGUUUGUUCCUGAAACUGGGUAUCAAAACGCUACUAUAAGAGGGUAA